AUGGAUAGUUCACGAUCAUCUUUACCAAGUGUUGAUCGAGCUAAUUCGACAUUAUUUAAACGUUAUCUUGAAGAACAACAUAAAUCAGUAAUUAAAUCGAAUAAUUAUCAACAAUUAUCACGUCCAAUUAAUUCAACAAUACAAAUUACACAUACACAUCGACAACAACAAGAUACUUAUACGUCAAAAUUAAAUAAUAAUAAUAAUAAUAAUCAAACAAUUAUAAUCAAACGAAAAUAUUCGAAUGGACGAAAACCAUCAGGUGAUAUAUCGAAACAACGUACAUCACAUACAAGUCGAUUUAUGAAACGUUUUCAACGUCAACAUAAAAAUCGAGAUACAAUAAUAAAUGUACAAAAACGUGAUGGACGACCUCGUUUUGAAUUUCAUGAACCAUCAACUACAAAACAAAUUCGAACUAAUCAAGAAAAUCAUUGUACAUGUCUUGCUUUAUCUGAUCACAAUAGAGAAGAACAUCAUCAUCAUCAUCAUCAUCAUCAUUCAUCUCCAAAGAAAUCAUUACAAGUACCACGUCUUUCAUUAAAUGAACUUUUUCAUUCAUCUUCACAACAUCGACGACAAUCAACUCAAACAGUAAUAGUACCACCACCAUCAUCAUCAUCACCUAAACCUAUUCGAUCACCAUUACCGAUGUUACCACCUACAAUAGAUAAAUCUACACGAUCUGAAUCUAUUUCAAAUUUAAUAUAUCCAAUCGAACAAAAUUCCCUUCCGUCACCAUCAAUUGAACCAACAUCAACUAUAAAUAAUGAAACUGAUACUACACUUCUUCUUGAUCCUCCAACAAUAAAUUUAUCUGAUGAAUAUUGGCCAAUAAUUAAUGAUCUUUUACAAGAAAUAUCAAUUGAAAUGAGUGAUAAAUCAAGUGUUGAUAUUCAUUUAGAAAUUGAAGAAUCACUUGCACAACGUAUUUAUGAAUGUAUUGUUGAACAAGAUGAUGAAAAUGAAAAUGAUACAAAAUCUUAUUCAACAACAACAAAUGAUUCAUCUGCUUUAUCAACAGCACAACCACCAUUAAAUAAUGUAAUUUCACAUGAAUCAAAUGAUUUACCAUCAUCACCUAUAAGUACAACUACUAGAGAACCAAUUAAUAAUCGAGAAAAAUAUUUUCAACCAAUUCGUGAACCACUACCACCAACAUCAUUUAAUAAUCUUGAUCGAAAUCGACAUUCAACACCUUUUAAUCGUAUCUCACAACAAAUACAAAAUGAUACUCGAUCGCCAUUUGCUCAAUCUUUAUUUGAACCUGUAAAUCUUUUACGAACAGUUGCAACUGGUGAUAAUGAUGAUUUUAAUUUUUUUCCUUCAUCAUUUUCAUUUGAAAAUCAUCAGAAUUUAAAUACAGAUUUUACAUUAUAUCAACAACAAGAACACCAAUCAAAAGGUGAACUAUCAACGAUAUCAUAUCAUCAUUCAUUACCAUUUUUACAUCAUCUUCUUCCGCCACGAACAACUCCAAUUGAUAUAAAUAUUUCAGCAUUUAAACCUAUUGAACCAGCUAAUACACGAUCAACAACAUCAUUUGCAUUAAAACGACCUCAAGUUAUUAAUAGUUCAAUAGGAAGAAAUUGGUUCGGGCAAAGUUAA